AUGAUCGACUACGACCUCGUGCUCAUCAUGGGGCCGAACUUGCUCGUGGGAGCCAUGGUGGGCAGCUUUUUAAACUUCGCGCUGCCCUCCUGGCUGAUACUGGCGAUGCUGGUGACCAUCCUUUGCCAAUCAGCCUUCAAGACUUUCAAGAAGGCUUUGGAGACGCUGCGGAAGGAGCGAGCCGGCGAAGUGCGUGGGCUGAAGCCGAACAGCCAGGGGGCCCGAUGGUUCAGGGCUCUACUUGGAGGUGAUGCCCGGCUCUCCAAGAAUCCCAUCGAGCGAUGCCUCAAGUUGCUUGGGCUGAGCAAGCGCUAUGCCGAGUUCGAGGACCCAUCAGCUUCUGCCGCUCCAGCGGCUGUGCUUGGCCACCGCACCGAGCUAGACGCAGGUCAAGUGAAGCAGAUGACCCGCGAGCCUUCGCUGGACACCGCACAGAGCACCCAGAGUCAGCUCGCGGAACCUCAGUACCCACGGGGCAAGCUCAUAGGCUUCCUCCUCAUGUGGGCGGUGCUUGUUUGCUCCAUCCUCUUCCGUGGUGGACACGCCGCCCCGGGCAUUGUGGAUGUGUGCUCGAGCAUGUACUGGGUCAUCGCCCUGGCCACGGCUGCACAGCUCGUAAUCCUCAGCAUCUCCUCCUCCGCCAAUGCCCUCCGCAUGGAGGCGGAAAGAGGCGCUUAA